CCAGUCUUGUUCCUUAUUCUCUCUUGACUUUUGGUCCAAAUGGUUAAUGUCUCUGAAAGAAGGAUCUUGAAAGUGCCCUCCCUACAUCCCUGAAAGUAUUUCCCUGUCUCCUUCACAGAUGAAUUAGGCUGUAGGAGCAAUGGCUGGCGCUGGAGAGCGCAAAGGAAAGAAGGAUGACAAUGGCAUUGGCACAGCCAUUGAUUUUGUAUUGUCUAAUGCCCGACUUGUACUGGGCGUGGGAGGUGCUGCCAUGCUGGGUAUUGCCACCUUGGCUGUGAAACGGAUGUAUGACCGGGCAAUCAGUGCUCCUGCCAGCCCCACCCGUUUGAGCCAGUCAGGAAAGAGAAGCUGGGAGGAACCAAGCUGGCUUGGAUCAUCAUCACGGUUACUGAACCAAGAUAUGAAAACUAAUAUUAGUCGUUCUCUACAGACACUUCCCACUGAUCCUUCAGCCUUUGAAACAGAUUCAAUAAAAUCCAUGAAACACAAAUCAUCUGCCAAGAAAAGCCAGGUGGAGCUCAAGAAGUCUCGCCUCCGGGUGUCUUUACAAGAGAAGCUGUUUGCCUAUUACCGAAGAAAGGUGGCCAUCCCAACAGAAGAGCAGGCCAGAGCCAAGCAGGCUGCUGUGGAUAUCUGUGCUGAACUACGUGGUUUCCUCCGUGCCAAGUUGCCAGACAUGCCUCUGCGUGAAAUGUAUUUAAGUGGUAGCCUCUAUGAUGAUUUGCAGGUUGUGACAGCUGAUCACAUCCAGCUCAUUGUUCCUCUGGUACUGGAACAAAACUUGUGGUCAUGCAUUCCAGGGGAAGAGACUAUUAUGAACAUCCCUGGCUUCUGCCUGGUACGUCGGGAAAAUCCAGAAUAUUUCCCUCGUGGUAGCAGUUAUUGGGAUCGCUGUGUGGUGGGGGGUUACCUCUCACCCAGGGCUGUGUCUGACACCUUUGAAAAAGUAGUGGCAGGCUCCAUCAACUGGCCAGCUAUUGGGAGCCUCCUAGACUAUGUGAUCCGUCCAGCAGCACCCUUGGAAUCUCUAACUUUAGAGGUCCAAUAUGAAAGAGACCGACACCUUCUAAUAGAGUUCUUACCAUCUGUGACACUAGGUGACACUGUCUUAGUGGCCAAGCCACACCGUCUGGCUCAGUAUGAUAAUUUGUGGCGACUCAGCCUUCGGCCAGCAGAAACAGCUCGCCUGCGGGCCUUAGACCAGGCUGAUUCUGGCUGCCGUUCCUUGUGCCUCAAGAUCCUCAAGGCCAUAUGCAAGCUGAAUCCUGCACUGGAUCAUCUUUCUGCCAGCCAGCUCACCAAUGUCAUACUACACCUGACUCAGGAGGAGACUGACUGGUCACAAGAUGUGCUCGCAGACCGUUUUCUUCAGGCGUUAAGAGGAUUGAUUGGUUAUUUGGAAGCGGGAGUUCUUCCCAGUGCUUUAAAUCCCAAGGUGAACUUAUUUUCAGAGCUUACUCCUGAAGAGGUGGAUGAAUUGGGCUAUACCUUGUACUGUUCCCUUUCAGAACCAGAGGUCCUCCUGCGGACAUAAUAGCUGCCUUAUGUGUGAGAAUAGGGUUAGAGCUACUAUCCAUGACAGGUUCUCUGACACCUGCGUGAGAGAUGCACACCCUGCCCCAUUAUUUUGGCAAGUCCGCCUCUGCUUUCCUUCAUUCUUAUAGAGGGGUGGGGAGGUUUUUCAGAUUUCUUGGUGCUUCUGGUUCCGUUCCACUAUGCUCAUAGGAGCAGUCUCAAGUGGGAAGGAUGAUGUGAAACUGCUGCUUGGUCUAGUAAAAUAUUUUUGCUGGUAUCCCACUGCCUAUACAAACCUAUUCCUUGCUUCAGCAAAAACUCACUCCCACUUUGCCAAGUGUGCAAUUGGGUCAGUACAUUACUGGCAAUUCUUGGAAUCAGUUAACUGAGUUGAUUUUUCUCCACUAGUGCUCUGCCCUUGAUUGACCCUUUCCUACAAAGAGAUGUAUGGCAGCCUGAAAUAAAUGUUUUAGUAGAAAUAUUUAUAGCAGAGAAUGUAUGAAAUCCACACAUGGAUUACAUUUAUAUUAUUUAGAAGAAUGGGGUAUGUGGGGAGUGGUCCUGAGGAGCGGGGAGAAUGCGAGAGCACUUGCUUGCAUAUUGCACAAAUUUUCAUUGCAGCUGAGCUUAAGUGCAAUUCCUUUGUUGGGAAACCGAGUCUGUAUUAUCCAGGGUAUACUCUGCCAAUUUGGGCUCCUUACUAUGCACAUGUGUCUCUUGUUGCACCCAUGUUUGAAAAACUGCUAGUGCAUCCCUAAUAUGUCUAGAUGAAUGUAGGAAGAGUCUGUUGCUAUUGUGAUUGCUUGGUCCUGUGGUAACAGCCUGAAAAAGCAGGAACUGCUAGAGUAGUGCCCUUCCUUUGAUCUUUUUUGUAACACUGAGUAGGAAAUCUUAGGGAAUCAUCUUCUCAAAUAUUCCAAUUUUGAGCACUCUAACACUUGAUGAAAAUACCGUGACUGAAAAGUUUCACAAAAGAUCCUUGUGGGUUAGACCUUGAUUUCCUGUUUGUUGGCCAGUCAGGAAUGGAAGCGUUUCCUAGGGAUUAACAAAGGCAAAUGUUUGGUGGGGGAAGCAAAAAAACAACAACUUUGAAUGCAAUAUUAAAAUUAUGCUCUUUAAACACUUAAGGUGGUAUGUUUUACACUUAAUCAGUUCGACCCUGCUGCUUUUAAGGAGUCAUCAGCAACAACUUUUUCUUGUUAAGUUUUAUCCUUUUUAUAACUGCCUGCUCCUUGAGAUGGUGAUACUGCCCUUAGGGAGUGGCCACUUACUCUAUCUCCUGCUUUGCAUGAAAUUGGCAACGACUGUGAAUGUGUUAUCUCUCAGGAAUACUUCUUUCUGUUACUUCUGCCAUCACCAAAAGAAAAAGUUGUGUUCUGAGUGGUUUGAUUCUGUCUAACCUGUACAACAAGUAUUGCUAUGUUUAUAUAGGUGUAGUUCUUCAAAUAAUGGUUCCUCUGUUUUCACAUACACAAUACUCACCUUUACCAUUAAAGUGAAAUAUGGCUAAUGGGAUAAUUUGCAGGUGUGCAGAGUCAGGAACAUGUGCCCUUCCCUGCUUCUUUUCAAGGUGGUACUUAUGUUAACAAGGUAAACUUUCAGCCUAGUUCCAGAGAAGAGACUUUAAUCAAUUUUCCUUGCUUAUACAAUGAUCUCCUUUCACAUUAUCUCUCCUCACAUUCUCUUACCUACUGAAUGGGAUUUGUUUGCACAGUAAUGAAACAGUGUUGUAGUUAUUUAAGGCACAUCAGACUUUUAGCCAAAGACUUGGAAAGUUUUAUGUGGGUGCCUGGUAAUUUGUAGCCUGGAAAAACAUCAGGUUUAUCCCUCUAACAAAAGAGCUGAACUUUUCCAGUGCUCUUGAAUUAUUCUUUCUCUCUUCUCAGCCAUUCUUCUAGCAGGAGUCUUCCUGCUGCCCAUGCUGUCAAGCAAGUAUGCAGAAUAUAAAUGGACAGAGAUCUAGUUCCAAAUACAUAACAUAGGAGUUUUAGGAAACCUCAUUUUCACCUCUUCUGUGUUCUUUCUUUUCCUCUUUUUCCAUCAUUCUGCAGCAUGUAGAAUCAUACAGUAUGCUAGGUGAUUCUGAAAUGGCAUCUUAGAGUAGAAGGGGAUCUAGCAUUCUUGUGCCCUUCUACUUGGCAUAUCAUUACAUGUUUGUUUUAAAAACAGACCCUUUGUUAUAGAAAUGUAUUUAAUUAAAAUUGUGACCAUUUCUUGUUGCAAUCAAGCUGCAUAUGUACUGAAUGUAUUCUUAGGCCAGUGGUUCCCAGCAGGACAUUAUUUUGUGUGCUUCAUCUUCAUCACUACAACUGUUCCUUCUAAAAAAGCAAUGAACUGUCAUCCUUUGAAGUUCCUUGAAAAAGGAAGCGGGCUUUCAGCAUAUUUCAUAAUAAGACAGGUGCUUGUAAUUGUACAAGCAGCAGAGACAUUGCCAUUGGCACUGAACACAAAGUCCAAAGUUGUAAUGGUUGAGUGAAACCUAUGUGGGUUAUCCCUCAUUUCUGUGUGUGUGGGGGUGCAUCUUUCACAAGUGUUCAGACACCAGGUUGUGUGGGACAACAAUAGCAAUCUUGCAUUAAUGCUACUGCGUGAGUAGAAAAUCUGCUUUGAAGCAUUGUUACACUGACACCCAUCAGUAUUCACUAAAACGCAUGAGAAUAUAUUUGGUAGUUAUUGCUAGAGGGUUCAGUCAUUUCAGAAACAUAAGAACAAAGUAGUUCAUGGCUGCUCUUCCUGACAUCAUAUGACUGUCACAGGCCCAAAAGCACAGGGCUACUCUUGCCCCUUAAGCCUUGACAAAGCUUUGGGCUGCACAGACCGAUGUGAUUCUUCCCUCCACUGCAAGAUGGGGACCAACUAGCUCAGUGGCCCAUUUCUGUUGCUCUCCAUUCAUCUCCCAAAUCCUAUGAAAUUCUUAACAUGAGAAUUGUGUAAAUGAUGAUGGUUUUUCCCCAGUGUGUGUAUACCCAUGUUAUUGAAGGAAAAGGAAUGAAAUGUUAAAGACUCCAGCUCUAAUGUUAUGUAAGGGAAGAGGAGAGUCUAGUGCAUGGUCUGUGGCAGUAUGUGGAAAUGGUGAAAUAAUAAAAACUUUCCACAACA